GAAGGUGACAGUAACGGGUGAAUUGUUUUGAAUGCAACUCACAUCAGACGAAGGAGUUGCCCUCUCCAAACAGCAUCACAUUUAUGACCACCUCAGACAAGAAAGAUUAUAAACGACAGAUGUGAACGCUGCUACGCGCAACAUUAAUUUGAUGCAAAAUGCAACCGUUCUGAGCAGUAAAGAAUAACUUUAUAAUGCGGAAAUUGCUUUAAGCUAUAAUUAUCAGCAUAUGGACCUGGUGCCCGUUGGCUGAUACAUCAUUUACAAUCUGUGAGGCUGACGAGGCGGGACCGCCGACAGGAUGGUGGAGCGGUCGGACCGAGCCCCUCUGCUGGACUGGGAGGAGGUUCCGUCCGCGGAGAAGCCCAGCGGAGCGGCACCGGCGUCGGUACACACCAAGGAGCGACUGGCGAGCCCCUCCAACAGCCGUGCCCCAUCAGGAUGCUCCGCACCGGGGCUUGGGUGGAGCAGCGGUCCAGGGGGUCCCACUCACAGCAGGUCUGUAUCCAACGCAGACGGCUGCAGCGCCCCACCCGCGACCUCCAGCGACCCGACGGGCGAGGAUGAAGCCCUGCAUUCCAACGAGGAUCAUCUCUCGGAUUCAGGAUCGAUGGAGCUAUCGCUGGAAGACAGGAUGGUGAAAUGGGAGGAAAAGGACCAGAUUGUGUCGGUCUUUGUGGUUGCGUUCAAUACCAGAUCAGGAAACAUGCUGGAGUGGUGUCUGCCCAAAGACAUGGACCUGGAAGGAGUGGAGUUCAAGGCCAUCGCCAGCGGCUCCCACCGGGUCACCACAGACUUCAUCUACUUCCGGAAGGGCUCCUACUUUGGCCUCGCCUGCUUUGCCAACAUGGCGGUGGAGAGCGCGGUGGAGAGGGGGGCGAGGAUGAAGUCGGUGGGGAUCCUGUCUCCUUCCUACACCCUGCUCUACCGCUACAUGAGCUUUCUGGAGCACCAGGUUAGGCUCCAGCUUCAGGCCCCAGGCCACUACUCUCCCCUGGAGGCCUUCUAUGAGGACAAGAGAGCACUUCUGCCCCCCAGUGGUGAUGGUGCUGUCACUGCAUGUCCAGCCAAUGCCUGGGGAGCAGCUAUCAACCACUGCAUGCACCCUGAGAUGAAGAUCACCCACCCUGCAGGCUGCAUGUCCCAGUUCAUCCGCUUCUUUGGGGAGCAGAUCAUGGUGCUGUGGAAACUGGCUCUCCUCCGCAGACGCAUCCUCAUCUUCUCCCCUCCACCCGUGGGCGUGGUGUGCUACAGAGUGUACUGCUGCUGUUGCCUGGCAAACAUCUCCAUCCCCGGGAUCGGCGAGGCUGUGCCCGAGUUCCGCCCCUUCUUCUACGUUAACGUGGCCGACAUCAGUGCCCUGGAGAACGAGCUCUCCUACGUGGCGUGUACAACGGAGAAGAUCUUUGAGGAGAAGAAGGAUCUGUAUGAUGUGUAUGUAGACAAUCAGAAUGUAAAGACCUACAGGGACGGCCUGAAGCCUCUGCUCCGCCUCAGCAACGCCGACAGGGACAAAUAUCGCAAACUCACUGAACAGAGGCAGAUGUUGCUGUACUCCCAGGAGGAGAAUGGUGACUGCGUUUCCAGUGAAGAGGAUCUCUUUAUCCUGUUUUUCCUGGAGCAGAACAACAGGAUUUUCCAGACCCUCGGCGAGGUGGCAGGGAGCCCCGAUCCCACGCUGACCCAGGAGAGCGUGAGGGCCAUGGGUCUGGAUCCUCAUGGAGACAGGCUCUUCCUGCUCCACCUGCUGGAGAUCUAUGGCUAUGACACCCUGCUGGUGUCAGAGCAGCUGUGCUGCAGUUGAGAGAUCAUGGACAGCUGGCUUUCCGCCUUUUAUCACUGCUGGUUUCAAAAAGGGGGUUGAUUCGCCUCAAGCUAACGUCAAGUGCUGCACUACUGGCUUCUUGGAGUCUUCAGGACCGUUUGGAAUUUCUCUGGUAGAACUUUUUUUUGUUGUAUAUAGCCCUGUGCUUCUUUUGUUCACCGUGGUUGUGCUCCCUCACAACCUGCUGGAAAGAGCAACAAUCAUCUUCAUGUAUUAUCACCAAGAGUAAUGUUGUCAAUUCUACUUGGAUACAUUCUCAUGGAGGCUUAGGAUGGAUUACUUGCCCUCGGCUGAUUAAAAGAGAUUCUCUGGAUCGGAUACAGCUGCAGUAUUUCAGCACUGAGCCGUGUUUGAAUGCCACGGAUGGCAGGUCCAUGACGAUUAAUCAACACUAAAGUGGCCUGAACUGUACUCGGACAGAGCGAGAGACUUUUUCCAAGAUGAAGCCAGUGAUUUGUGGAUUUUCAGCAAACAAAACUUGUACCAAGGACUGAUGUAUGAAAGAGAAAAAGAGAGGUAGCCGUUCUGUAAAUAAUCCUUUAUGUAUAGUGUGUUUAGCGUAUGUGUGAUAUGGGGUCCGCCUCUCUGCCAGUGUUGCUUUCCUUGUAUCAAGCGCUGGAUUCAAACAUCUCAUUUUUAAGCCUGUAUGUCCGAAUCAGGGCGUCCUUACUUGAAAUCGAACUCACGAGCAGGUCAAACCACCCUCGUCUUCAAGACCCAUGUCUGUAAGCACUGCUGUUUCACUGGCACGUGGUGCGACAAAUUGAGGAGUUUGUCAUUUAAUGUUAAGACAAAUUACUUUAAAGACCAAAUCAGAUUUUCUAAUGAUGUCGAACAGGAAAAGGGGAGACGUCCACGUGGACAUAAAGGCUACUUGAAAUGGCUUUAUUUGCAGCGGCGCUGUCCGCUGGGCCUGCAGUGGUUACACAAAGAGCCAGUUUAGUCUUGAAUGCUUUUCUCAGAUGUCCAGUUGUGUUUGCAGCUCUAGCAUCAACACAGAGACGGGCCUUCAGGGGGCCAGUUCACAACUUCAGAUGAUCCUCUCAAUUCAGAGACACCGAGUUGGUUAUUUAACAGCUCCCAUCUGCAGCAUAGAGAAUCGGUUAAGACGCAACACUAGAACUAUUUACGCUCCGUACAUUUUGAAGCACAGCAGCAUAUGCUUUCGGCUUCGUCAGUAGAGAAGUAACAUCGUGUAGCGCAUAAGUGACAUAAAAGAAACAAGGUUCUUGGUUAUUCGGAAAGGAAGUGAGAACAUCAAAGCUGCAUUAAUCUGAUUUUGGAUUGUUACAAUUUGAAUGGCUGGUGAAGUAGCGAAGAAUGGCCCCUAAUUGAAAAAGACACAUUAGCAUCAACAUGGAGUCGUUGUUUGUCUGUGAAAAAUAAAAGCUUUAAGCUGCUCGACUUUCUUCACCAGCUAGCGGCUAAUGUUGUCAGUCUCCUGUUUAGCGCUAAAUAGGUAGCAAUUGAAAUGUUUUGCCGAAAAAACAAAACCCAAUCCGUUGAUGCUGGAAGCAUGAUUGGUGAGAGUAGUGAACCAUUCAGUUAAAUGUUCCAUAAAACCAUAACUAGCUAAGAGGCUUAAAAAGCUUGCUAGUUAUUUUUCCCUUUGAUGGGACAUUUAUGAUUUUAGCUUGCAUCCCUCCAUAGAUCAGGUAUAAUUGAACAAUUUGUGUAGAACAGCAAUGUCAGUGUUUUGUGGGUAUGUAUUUUGGACUAUCAUUACAUCACUGCAAUGUGAAAAUACAUGCGCUGAAAAAAGAAAAAAAAAAAAAAAAAAAAAAAAACACUAUUGAAAUAAGUCAAUCUGAAAAAGAAACUUUUUUUCUUCCCCAUUGAAACAUAUUGCAGAAGCUAACCCAGUGCUUUGGUUACUGCACACAAACGACACAAUGUUAUUGUGCCGUUUUAUAUUUUACACUGAUCGUUUAUUCUGUUAAAUGUGUUAUUUAGACUUUCUUUAGGUGUUUAUCGUUUGAGUGUAAAUAUUCAAUUGCUGUAUCUGUGAAGAAAUGGGGUCAGUUGAAUGUGUUUUAUAAGACAAAUGAUCCCACAGAGCCUCUGUGUAUCACUGAACCCCUCAUGCAAUCGUGUGUCCGCCACAUCGCAUGGCACCUUAGAUUACGUUGUACAAAGCUGAAGCAAGCAUCUUUGUAGGUGAAGGGAUAGUCCGACUCAUGUUAAAACACCUUCACUUUAUUUACUUUACCGUAAAAAAACAUUUCAGAAAUAAAGUGCAUCGCCACCG